ACACGCGGUUCCUCGACGUAAACAAAUCGGGUAGCGGUGCGAAUUACUUUUGUUUAUUUAAAAAAAUCAGUAUCUGUCCGCAAUGGACGCUUCAAACGAUACUGAGGUACCACAAAAUACAACGUGUAAAAACGAACCUAAUGCCGAAGCAACGAUUCCACAAUCGAAGAGGGUAAAGAAAAAGCAAAGCAAGUUAACUCGAACCGAUCCUGCAAGCGACGACGUGAACGUUCCGAUUCGAGGUAUGCCGAAAUCGGGUAGAAUGUGGAAAACGACCAAGGAGAGGUUUGCGAAGGUGAAGAAAACCAUUCGUGGCAAGAGGACGGCAGAACGGCUAGCGUACCGGGAGGAGAUCAAACAGAUCAAGGAAUUGUCGCAGUCAAUCAAGGAGGAUAGGAGGCGCGAGAACGAGGAGAAGCGGCUACGACGCGAGGAAAAUGCGCGGCGAAGGUUGGAAAACGAGCGUAAGUCGGAGAUCGUGCAGAUUAUCAACAAUCCAGCAAAACUGAAGCGGAUGCGUAAGAAGCAACUGCGGAUGAUAGAAAAGCGUGACCUAUCCAAAGUAAAGGUUGUGUAAAAGCAUACUAGCUUUAAUGCAAUAAAUGGUAUGAACAAAACAAAUAACGCACACUACGCGCCCACUACG